CGAAACGCUGGUUGCUAAAUAUACUUUAUUUUCACUUUUCAACCGGUUUUAUUGGUGUUUGUGAUAUAUUUGCACAGUAAUACUGUAUUUUUAGUUGUUGUUGUUUGUGUACCCAUUUUAACUUGUCGUAACUCAGGCAGCCAAAGUUGAUCAAUGUAAACAAAGCGGACGACGACAUUGCCACUUGGGAAGCCUGUCUACCCCCGUUCCUCUGACAUUACUUCUGUCACCUGUCGAGAAGUUGUAGGCUUAAUCGCAAAUCCAUCAAGACAAACAAGAAACCUUGCUCCUGAAAUAAUGAUGGGUUUACCUACCGUUUUAUUGUCGUUGGUACCAACCGUUGUCCUAACGCUGGAUUUGACAGGAGGUCUUUUUGGAUCGCGUCCACAUCAUCCAAAUUUACGAUAUUAUGAAAUUAUAGAUUCUUCUGCAUUUAAGCAUCACAUAGUUAAACGAGGCACGAGUGAGAGCAAUCACCGAUUUAAUAAGAUAAAGGAAGUGCAGUUUAGCGCCCUUGGUCGGGAUUUCCGGUUGAUUUUGAACCCACGUAAAGGACUGCUACAUCCACUAUUUAAAGCUUAUGCUAUUGAUGGUGCUGGUAAUGAGAAAGUAAUACAUGUUGACCAUGAAAAUUUCUAUGAAGGGCGAGUUUUUGGUGAAAAAUUGUCAGAAGUCUCUGCUCACUUGGAAGAUGGUGUCAUGACGGCAACUAUACACACAAUAGAUGACACUUAUCACAUAGAGCCAUCUUGGAGACACAUACCUGAUACGACUUCUGAAUCCAUGAUUGUAUACCGGGGCUCAGACAUGAAAUAUAGCUGGGAGGAUCAACAUCCAACUCUUAAAGGUCGAAAAAUGUGUGAUUACGUUAAAGAAGGAAAUGAAACAACAGAGCGUGAUGAUGAUGAUGAAGAUUGGCUGGAAGGUUAUGACACAUCAGAUGGUGUGAUUUUUGAAGCUGUUUCUGGGGACAUACCUGGUGGGAGCCCUAGAAGGAGAGUUAAACGUCAGCAACCGGACACAUAUAAUUUUAAUGUGGAAAAGACGCGCUGUCCAUUGCUUUUGGUUGCUGAUUAUCGUUUUUUUCGUGAAAUGGGUGGUUCAAACUACAAAACUACUGUUAACUAUCUUAUUAGCUUGAUUGAUCGUGUGGAUAAGAUCUAUGAAAAUACAGUAUGGAAAGACACAUCAGAUAACAGUGGAUUUUCUGGAAUGGGUUUUGUUAUCAAGAAGAUUUUAGUUCAUCAGGAAUGGAAUCAGGUUAAUACAAACCAUGUACACUACAAUAUGGAGAAAGCAUCUUGGGAUGUUCGUAACCUUUUAGAGGUCUUUAGCCGAGAAUACUCUCAUAAAGAUUAUUGCUUGGCUCAUCUCUUCACGGACAUAAAAUUUGAAGGGGGAAUUCUUGGCCUUGCUUAUGUAGGGUCCCCUCGCAGGAAUUCUGUUGGUGGUAUUUGUACUCCAGAAUACUUCAAAAAUGGGCACACUUUGUACCUGAAUUCAGGCCUAAGUUCAUCAAGGAAUCACUAUGGCCAGAGAGUCAUCACCCGUGAAGCUGAUCUUGUGACAGCACAUGAAUUUGGUCAUAAUUGGGGAUCAGAACAUGACCCAGAUCGUCCAGAGUGUAGUCCAAGUGCCAGCCAGGGAGGCUCUUUUCUUAUGUACACGUACUCAGUUUCAGGAUAUGACAUCAAUAACAAAAGGUUCUCUCCAUGCAGCCUCAAGGCAAUCCGUGGUGUGCUAAUGGCCAAAUCUUCACGUUGUUUCACUGAACCUGAGGAGUCUUAUUGUGGAAAUCAGCGAGUUGAAGGGCAAGAAGACUGUGAUGCUGGUCUUGUAGGACAGGACGACAUUGAUAUGUGCUGUGACAAGCACUGUAAAUUGAGGGCUGAAGCUAAAUGUAGUGAUCGCAAUUCUCCUUGCUGUUUGGGUUGCCAGUUUAUGAGCAGAGGGUUCAAGUGUAGAGAAAAACAGCCAGCAACUUGUGAGAAUGAGGCAAGAUGUGAGGGCAACAAGGCUGAAUGCCCUAAAGCUAAACCCAUGGAGGAUGGGACGCCAUGUAUUGAAAAAGGAAAAUGCCUUGGUGGGGUUUGUCAACCUUACUGUGAAACUCAGGAUAUGCAGAGCUGCAUGUGUGACACAAUUGACGAUGCUUGCAAGAGAUGUUGCCGCAAAAACCUCAAUGAUACUUGUUUCCCUGUAACGCCUGUGGACAUUCUCCCAGAUGGUACACCUUGUAUUCAUGGGUUUUGCAAUAAGGGUAAAUGUGAAAAGACAGUCCAAGAUGUUGUUGAACGUUUCUGGGACAUUAUUGAGGACAUCAAUAUCAAUACUGUGCUGAUGUUCCUUCGUGACAACAUUGUGGGUACUGUUAUUAUUAUUUCUGUCAUCAUCUGGGUACCAGCUUCAUGCAUAUUUAGCUAUGUGGAUCGCCGACGCCAAGAUGAAUAUCACAAAUAUGUUCGCUGGUAUUACAGUAAUGAGUUGGUUCAUCCUACUGACAGUGUUCGCAUCAUUGAUAGCAAACGAACUAGAGUCCAUGAGCCAAAUCGUUCUCAAGAAGCUGCUAGUCGCACUCAUAAUAUUGGGCCAAGGGUCCUUGCCACUCGAGAGCCUCCAGAGGGCGCAGAGAGUAGGCAAACUUUGAACACCCCACAGUCUCCUCCUGUGUCUCAACAGUAUGGAAGUGCCAUGUGAAAUAAUUCAUUAAUAUUCUCUUGAUAAUGCAUUGCUAACUUUUUUACCACCAAGAUUAGUAAUAUUUUGUAAUAGUUUGUAAGGUUGCUGUAGCAGUGAAUGACUGUUACCAGCAGUAGAUUUUUCUAUGGAAAGGGGAAACUGAUGACCAUAGGGAAAAAGGUAAUUACAAGUUAUUUGUAUUUUAUAUUGAUGGGUAAAUAGCAUCACAAGCUAUUUUGUGCAUAGUGUUACCCUGUUGUAAAUCAUAAAUAUAUACCAUUACCUUGCUAAGGUACCGUAGAUAGAGACACAAGGGUGCCUAAUGAUGGAAAUUGUGUAGUCAGGAGUAAAACUAUUGACAAAAAGAUGUCAGCACUUGUAUUUUCAUUUCCUUCAUCAUGUGGAAUGAAUAGUAAUACAUAAUGUUGUGCCUCUUUAAGAGAAUGCUGAAUUACCAAAAUGGAACAUCAAAGAAUUUUUAUAAGUACUGUAAAGUGUCAUUUAGGUUGCACAUGAAGUUUGCACUACCGUAUCUUGCAAGAUAGAUGACUUGGGUGUUAUGUUUUAGAAUCAUGGUAUGGUAAAAUGAUUGGCCAUCUGCACUCAUUCAAGGCUUGACCAUUCUCUAAUCGUAAUUAUUUAUUCCCUUGUGGAUUUUUUUUGUAUUUAUGCACUUGAUUUCCAUAUUUCAUACAUUUCAUGAUUUUUUAUGUAAGGCAGUGUCAUGAUUGUUGAGACAAACCAUACUGUUACAUUGACUCACAUGUUCAUGUGACUUAGUUUGAAGUACUGUCAUUACGUAAAUUUGUUUUCUAUUCAUAGUAGAUUUUAUCUCUUAGUUGUCUGUUUACAGUGUCAUAGUUGGUAGAUUUAGUUAUUUUAUACUGUUUUUGAUAUGCAUAAGUCCUGUUUUUCAUUAUACUAAUAUGGUUUAUCUGUAUCCUGAUAUAAUUGAAGUCUCAUUGGAGCAAAUAUUUAGCUGUAUUAAUCAAGGAUGUUUAUUGUUGUUGGUUAUAUUUAUGAAUCAGUGAGUCGUCAUCCCCAGGCUAGUGUUUAGUGCCAUGUUUGGUGAACUAAAUUUAAUUAUUUGUCUUCCAUAGUCUUUGAGUAAAACCUGCUGUUAUGCACUGGGGGUUACAAUGAGGUGAAGAGAGGUGAAAAGGCAGUCAUACAUCUUCAAGAUGUGAACUAGUGGUCUGAUUGAACAGCUACAUGUAUAACAAUAAUCAUUUCUUCUGAAUACAGUGCACAUAAAUGGAAAGUUCUUUCUCAGUUGGACUAUGAUCCCAAAUGGGAAAUAGAUGUUAAUUUAAAAGUAAAAAUGUACUGCUACUACUUAAGCUUUAUGAGGGUUAACAGAUCAUUGUAGGACAUACUAGAAGUUCUCUGCAGUGUUGCUUUGGCUCCUAGCUGCUUUGUUUUUUAUUUUUUCUUUAAUUUUCAUCCUUUCUCUUGGCGUCCCCACUAGUUUUAUUGAGGGUUUACAUCUGUUUUUUCUUGUGGUUUUUUAAAAUAAUUUCUGAGAACUGUGAUAGAUGGAGCUUUUGUCAAGACGACUAAUACAAUUUGGGCAUCUUCAUUUGGAGUCAGCCCAAAAAUUUUUUUGGUUUUCAUUGAAUUUUAAAAAUGAUUAGGGUGAGAAAUGUUGAUAGAAAAUAAUUUCAUUUCAUCUUGUGUUCUUAUUUGAUAGUUAUGCAUUAACUGUACACUGUAUGAUUUACACAUACAUUGGCAUUGUAGAUAGUAUACCAUUUGUAUUCAGUGCAUCUCUGUCGCUAGGGACAGGGACUAACUGCUGGAAAACCACUUCAUUUCUGACCUGAAAGGAAGUUUUCACAAGGAAUUCAAUAAUGUUCUUUUUAAGCUAAAUAAAAUAGUUCUGAGUCUUUUAUAGCUACUUUUCAGUCUGGACGGUAUAUUAAUACAGCCUUCCGUGGAGUUUGCAUAUUGAUUUUAUAGAUGAUGAAGAUUGCGCUUGAGCCAAAGAUUGGAGUGUUAGAGGUUUCUUUCUUUAGUAUAUCAUUGGUAUUUAUGUGGUUGUAAGUAAAAGCCUCAAGUUUGGUAAUUAAGAUUUUUAUAGUUAAGAAAUAAAUUAGCCUGGAAUGUUAAGCAGAGUGAAUUUGAAGUGUAUUGAAGAUAAUAGUUUAAUCAAAUAUGUUGACCUUUGGUGAUCCUACUUACAAGAAUGUCGAAUUUUAGUUCAUGUUUAUCAUAACUUUAUUCUAGCUCUGUAAUUCAAUUUCCUUUUACUUUGUGUUGAAUUUCCUUAAUUGAUAUCUUAACAUUUACCACUGCAUUUUAUAAUUUGCAAAUAUUCAUAUUCACUUAAUUUUUUGCUUCUCCAAAAAUAUUACUACCGUGGACAGUCUUAAAUAUUUUUCAUGUGCCAACACUUUCUAGGACUGAUGGCCUUAAGUUAAGUCUACAGUUGUAUGGAUAUUGGUAUCCUUUAUAGGGAGAGGAAUUGUUUUCAUGACUUAAGUAAUUGCUCAUGCACAGCAAUAACUCAGCUGUGUUUAAAUUUGAUAAGGAUGAUAAAAAUGUCAACUUUCAUACAUAAGGUAUUAGUACAGGAGUUACAGCUUGAGUUAAUUAAAAACUGUAUUAUGUUAAAUUCUUUGAAAUGCCUCUACUAGUUGGUAUUAUUGAAGAACCAUUUUGUUUACUGUUAGAGGAUGUUCAAUCCAUAGGAAACGUAAUGUGAUUAUGAAUGAAGUGCUUACAUUUCAGGAGUUUUGAAAUGUUCAAUUAUUUUAUUCAUUGAAUAAGAUGGCCAUUUAGCAAAAUACUUUAGUGUGAAACCUGAAUGUGUUUUCUUUUCACAUAAAUAGUUAAGUGGAAUUGUACAAAAGUCAGGGUUUUUGUUUAUUCAACUUACGUAUAACUGCAUAUAGGUGUCUUUUUAAAAUUUUCAAUGCAAAUAUUUUUAUAUUUUUCAGGUGUAAAUAUUUAAGUUACUCGGGUAGGACCAGGUCAAUAAUUUAUUACCGCAGAAGGAAAUUUGUGUUUAUAGUCUUCAGAUAGUCACUUUUAUGUUCAGCUAGACUUACUUGAAGAUGCCAUUUAAGGCAAAAUAAAGGCUUUUGUAAGUAUAAAACCUUUUCUUUUGUUGUCACAUCAGUUUAAUUACACAUUAUCUUUACGAUAUUCAGUUUUUUUUAAGAAAAUUCAUUUGAAAUUUAUAUGCUAUUUCUCUUCUUUGCUAGUACAUUACAGUGGACUCACAGCUUAUGCAAGGGUGACGUAGAGGCUAUAGAAAAUAUGCUUUUGUAACAGUGAAUAUAGUUUUCUUUUUUUUUUUUGUCCUAUAUUAGAUCUUUGUUAAUAGCAAGAAAUUCUUUUUGCAGUAUGAAAGAAGUUCAAGUGUCAGGUGAAAGGAAGCCUGAUACUGGUGCCAAACAUGGCUAAAAACUGCAUGAAAAGUUUGCCCAUCACUGCCAACUUAAAUAAAGAAAUGGUCAAAAAAGGUUGCCAAAGCUGUGGGUCUAUUGUAUUUUCAAUUUCCUACCAGCUUACUAGUUAUGUAGCAGUGAAGAAUUGGGAGUAAGGGUUUUUCUCUUCGAAGUCUGAGGAAAAUUUUCUAUGUGAAAUUAGAUAUUUUGAUUUAUUGUUUCCAUGAUGUUUACUAAUAUAUGCUCUUUCUGAAUUGGUAUCAUACUGAUUUUUUAAAUAUUUGGUUCAUACCAUUAUUAUUUAUAUUGUUUUGGUUUGCUUGAUAUAUCACCAUCAGCACAUAAAAGAAAGUUGAAUAGUAGUAUUGACAAUUUUAGUAACAACUGAUGCAAGCAGCGGAAUGGUUGUUUUAUGAUUUUAAGGUAACUGAAUAUUGUAAAUAUUUUCAGGAUUUUGCACUGGAAAUAUCUUCCUAACAUUAAAGUAAGAUUUACAGUGGACUCAACUUCUAUAGCUUUAUUGAAACCAUACAACUAAGCUCUCUCAUAUUUUGCAAUAUAUGAGUACAGUAGAUUUCUUUACAGAUGCUGAAUUGUGUUAAAAUGUCAAAAAUACUGAUGCACCUUAAUUUUGAAUUUAACUCCAGUCCUUAACUUUAGAAGGACUGACACAUCUUGUACCAUUUGUGAAACUUGCGUAACAAACUGAGUACUUACGUUAGAAAUUUACUUAGAUUUCCAAGUUCAGAAAUGAUGUUGGUUAUGCUAAUGGAGUUCACUCAAGUAAAAGUUUUGAAAUAUGAAAUGAUCACAUCUUGUACAUUUGACAUAUGAUAACAGAGAUUCAGCUUUUGUUAUCAUAUAGGUUUUAAAUCAGCAAGAAGUGGAUAAUUUAGUAUGUUUUCAACACAAGAGUAAAUAGUAAAUAUGAAUCACACAUUUACUCAAUAGGAAAGAUGAAAGGUAAUAACUAUAAUGGUUUUUCUUUGAUCUUGAUAGCAAAAGAGUUACUCCUCCAAUGAAGGAAAAUAAUUAUUUGGAAGAAGUGAAGGCUAUUAUUCAUGCAUCAGCUACUUGUAAAUACUUUUUGUCAUAUUCAUAUGUCAUUGCCAUAUCCAUUUUAACCUUGUCAGCUUUCCUUAAGGACUAUUAUUAGCUCAUGCCAGAGGCAAAUUGGAACGGAUACUGUUUGCCAUCCAUAUAGGAAAAGGUUGGUUGGUAGCUAAAUUAUUCACAAUUAGCCAUAGGUAACUUUGUAUUCCUAUAUGUUUUUCAAUACACAUGUAAUAGCUCCAUUUAUGUCAUUGUAAUCAGUUAAAUGGGACUAUUAAAUGUAGUAUACUUGAGUAUAUUAGGUAAUCAUUGUACUUAUGUUUAUGUGCUUUAAAGAUUAAUAUAUGUUGCAGACAGUACCAUAUAUGUACAUUGCAUAUAUUUUUUAUAGUACCCAAAACAGUUUAUUUUUCAUAUUUCAGUGCCCAAAUAUAACAAAUAUGUCUUGAUUCAACUGUAGGCAUUGGAUAUAGUUCAUGGAAGUUUGUAUUUGGUAUGAUCAGUUUAAUCUUUUUUGAAAAAAAUUAUGGUUAAUUUUGCUAUGUACUAAAUUAAUGAGUAUGCAUUUUUAUUAAUUUCUAAUUAUUAUGAUUUUCAUUAUUAUCAUUUUAAGUUCCAGCACAAUUUUCUAGUCUAAUGUGUCAUUGUGCCUGUUUUGGCACUCUUCAGUAUUAAUAGCAAUAGAUCUUUCCAGUAGCCUUGUAAAUCUUAAUUGGAGGUGGCUGAUAAUACAGUAUCGAAUGAGGCAUCAAAACAGGAAACAGGAGCUCUUUUGCUUCCAGACAAAGAAAAUGUGUAAUUUUGGAAAUGUUGGAUAGUUUUUGCAGAAAUUGUUAUAUUUAAGUACAUGAGUGAUGUUGGCUGCAGUGGAGACAGAAUACCAUUAUUUCUUGGUUUAGUCUGUGAUUGGUUAUGAUGCAUUGCAUCCCUUUUCUCUAGUACAACUAGAUUUCACAAUACAUUGAGAUAUUGUGAUCAAAGAGUGGCUGAAGGGUGACCACCAUUUUGAGUGCUCUGUAUUCCACGACAAAAUUAAGCCAUGAAUUGAGACAUACAUACUGUGAACCUAUGGUUCUGUUUGUAGUCAAGAGUCAUAAGUAAAACAUUGUUAAUGAUUUGACAGAACAGGAACAUGUUGGACCUCGGUCUGCAAUGAUUACAAGAGAUGGGGAGACACACUACUAUUGGUAAUGAUUCUUUUGGGCCAAUGACUAAUUCUGAAGAUUACCUCAAGUUCUCUCUCUUUUUUUUUUUUUUUUUUUUCUCUCUCUCUUUUUUUUUUUUUUUUUUUUUUUGGUGGGGGGUGGGGAGAAUUGCCUUUUGUUUCUAAAGAAAUUAACACUUUUUAGAGAACUUAAUAUGUUCCAAGUAUAAAUAUACAGUUCAUAUUAUUUGUACUAUGCUGCAUUACUAGAGCACCUACCAACAAUGAUUAUGACUAAUAUGCAGAAUGUAUUUUGCAUAUUGGUCAUCAUUAAGACUCCAGUUAAAGCAAGGCGAGGCUAGAGAAGAAAGUUGAUUCAGGAUUUUUGUUAGCUCAAAAAUGACCAGGCUUGCAUCAUUCAUUGAUUGUGUCCUUUUUAGUAUCUCGAGGGUGUGAAUCCUUUUCUGAUUAUCAAUGUAAUUGAGGAAGCAAUGGGAGGUGCUAUGUGUAGAGAUGGCAGAAUGUUCCAGCAGUAUCAGAAUAAGAUUUAAAAAUUUUAAAGAGCUGGAAUAUAAGGAAUUUGGAAUUAUUAUAAGCACAUCAAAUCUAGUGACUGGAAAGGAACUGUUGUUGAAGUGGUCACAUCGAUCUCAGUACUGUGCAUUGAACAUGACAUGGUGUCAAAAGAGAGGCUGGACUAGAAGGGUGCAUGGAUAAGAGAUGGUAAAUGUCCAAAAUUUGUAAAGAGCAUCAGUGGAAGUGAGGGAGCUGGAUCAACAAGUUGUUGUGGAAGGACCAUUCUCAUUCUUAGACGGACAUGUCUACAAUGUUUUGGGACACUGGACUGUGUAGCAGACUGAGAGGACAUUCAUGCCUGGAAAUUAUCCAGCAAUCCAGCAGACAGAAUGGGUUUUCUCCGAAUAUGACCUGAUGGCUUGCUAGACCAAAUAGUUUGCAGUGAACCUUUUUUUCUUCUUUGCCUUUACUCCAGUAAUGCUUUGUGUUUUCUGAGGAAGAAAAGGAAUCAUUAAACAGUGUGCAACAGAUCAGCACUACUGAGAUUGGUGAUUAUGAAAAGUGAGGUGUUCAUAAAUUUUGCAAAGAUCUGGAAUACCUAUGAACUUGAGAAGUAGGUCCUUAAGCUGUCUGUUUAACUAGGUGUGACCUUACUUCAGUGUUCAGUAUGUAACCCUUAUACGUAUUAGCCUUCAAGUAAUUUGACUUUUGAAUGAAGUGACUGCUGAAGGUGGCUAUCUUAGCUCUGUGAACAAGCACAAGAUCUCUAGGUUACUUUCUCCAACAACUUGCAAGACAACUUCAGUUACUCAUUUCAAAGUUACCUGUAUAGUUACAAAAUCAUUGUAGUAUAGUAUUUUGUGGGAAAAUAACUGCAGCCAAGUUCCCAGACUGAACCAAAAGUUGCAUACAUAGGUGAUUGGUUUGGAUUUUCCUCUGAGUAAUGGGUCUUUUGUUUGCCAGGUUUGCACCAUGGAAUGAACGUAGGUUUAUUUUGUGGUGGCAGAACAAUUGGCAUUUAGGGUAAGUUACUAUCAUUAAAAAUAACCUUUUGUGAUGUUCAUAAUUAUAAGAUAUUUUAUAACACUCAUAGGAGAGGCUAUAAUAACAUAUUGAACCAGUUUUAAACAAGGAUGUUAAGAAAGUAUUGAUUGAACUUGAUUAUGAGGCAAGAAUUUACCAUGCUGUACCUAGAGAAAUUUGUGCUCUACCAUUAUGAUCUUUUAUACACUAAGGAGGAAUUGUAGGAAGUUUGUAGAUGGAAAUACUUCAGUACAUUGCAGUAAGUGGUAAACUUGCAUCAGAACAUCACACUCACUUUUACUUGCAAAAAUUUUUCCUGAUAACAUGAUGUUUAAAAUUAUUUUUAAGGACUAUUUCCAAGUGUUUUGAUUAGACUUGUAAUUGAAUUGAGCAGUAGUAUUUAACGUGAACCCCUUUGUAGUGAGCCUAACAAGGGUCUCUGUUUUUUUAAUUUAUAAAGAACAAAAUAGUACAUGAAAUAUAACUUGAACUUGACAUAACAUGUGGUACCCUGUUUGCAGGUGUUUGAAAGUGCAUCUUGAAAGGGCUGUACAGAUUUCCAGAAAAAAAAAUUUUGUAUAGAAAGCUGAUAGCAGUUCUCUUAAUUAUUAAGUUUCAGUAGUGCUUAUGUAUUAGAUUAGGAGCACAGUGUCUUUGGUAGAGUACAGGUGCUUGUUAAGAUAACUUGAAAUGUGCAUUAUAAAUAGGUUAUCUGCUGUUGAAAGACACUUUUAUAAUGACUUAAUUUUAUUUGGGAAAAGCCAAUAUGCGCACGCACACAGAAACUUGCUCAUGAACACGUGUGCAGAAAUUUCCUUACAUGAAGUUUGUGGCCUAAUAAGCAUUAGUAGUGGAACACUUAGUAUGUACUGUAUAUCAUAAAUCAGGACACUGAUAUGUACUCUUUGUGAUGUAUUUAUCAUCAAUGACAAGAUUUUUAAGCAUUUUGCAUUAUAUUUGUACUUGGCUUGUCUUUUUGAUGUUGAUUAGUAUGUGUCCAUGAAUGUGUGAAUUUGAUUGUAUUAUUUUGUCUUAAUACAGUGAAAUAUACUUUAUAUACAUGAGGGUCA